AUGGCACCGGUCAUCCUCCGCAUGGACGUGCACUGCUACGGCUGCGCCGGCAAGAUCCGCAGGGUCGUCAAGAACCUCCUCGGGGUGGAGGAGGUGUGGGUGUCGGUGGACACGGGGCUGGUGGUGGUGGGCGGGACGUCGCUGGACGCCUCGCUGCUGCGGUGGCGGAUCCAGACCAGGACGCGGAGGCCCGUCACCGUCGUCAGCGACGGCGCGGACCCGGAGCCGGAGCCGCCGCAGCCGCAGUACCAGUACGCCGCGCCGCCGCCGGGGUACCCGCAACACUACCACUACAGCGGGAUGCAGUACAUGGGCCCGCCGCCUACCCCACCUACCCCUACUACGGCGGCGGCGCCGGCGCCGCAGCACCUGCUCCAGUACGUGCCGACGACGACUUGGGACGGCUACUUCCCCUCGCGCCAGUACGUGCCCAACCAGGCCCCCGUGUGCUUCAACGACGACAACCCCAACGGCUGCUGCGCCGUGCAGUGA